AUGCACCUCUCCCAACUGCUGGCCUGCGCCCUGCUGCUCACCCUACUCUCGCUCCGGCCCUCCGAAGCCAAGCCCGGGUCGCCGAAGGUCCAGCGAACUCCGCUGGGGGAGGUGCCGGCCGUGCCCCAUGCUGAAGGCGGCGCUCAGAAGAAGCGUGACAAGGCUCCCGGAGGCGGCGGCGCCAACCUCAAGGGCGACCAGUCGCGACUGCUCCGGGACCUGCGCGUGGACACCAAGUCUCGGUGGGCUCGCCUUCUGGCCGAGUCCCCCAACACGCGCAAAACCAAAGGAGGCAGCAAGAAGGGCACGUCCAAGGGCUGCUUCGGCCUCAAGCUGGACAGGAUCGGCUCCACGAGCGGCCUGGGAUGUUAG